UAUAAUUUUAUCAGUCAGUAAUUCAACAGCCGCUAAGACGUAGUCACAAUUGGCGCUCUAAAAUAUAGCAGAUAAUUCAAAAAAUGGCUGGUAAAUGUGUGAUUUUGUGUGUUUUCUUCUUCGUAGUACUCUUCAAUUUUUUGACGGUGAAUGCACAGAAAAAAAGAGAUGUGUGUUCUCUACCACGUAUUGUUGGUCCAUGUCGCGCUUUGCAACGGCGCUUCUAUUAUGACUCCAAUUCGAAAGCUUGUAAGGUAUUCUUCUAUGGUGGUUGUGCUGGAAAUGGCAAUAAUUUUGAAAGAAAAGCAGAUUGCAAAGCUGCUUGUGUAAGAAAUUAACAUGUAUCCUGUGUAAAGUGUUUGGAACUUGUGUUUAAAUAAAGGUUUUUGGUAAAGA